CUGUGUUGUGUUUGGUUUAGUAGGCUGAGUAAUGUUUUUGUGAAUCGUAGUUUUCAAAAUAAAGUAUAUAUUGUACGUAAUUACGGAUAUAUUUCUUAAAAGUGUGUGUAAUAUGUUUCACGGACUAUUUCAAUUUAUUAUCUAGCAAUCGCCUUACUCUAAACAUUAUUCUUUUAAAAUGUAUGCAGUUAUAACUUUGUUUUUCGUUAUUGUGGGCGUGUACUGUCAAUAUGAAUGGCAAGCCAGGGAUCCAUUCGACGAAAUUAGACUAAGAAUGGAUAAAGUAACAGCAGAUAAUUGUCCGAUUCAACACAUGGGUGAUUUACAUUUGCCAGAGGAUGCGUUAUCUCAUAAACCAGAUAUAAAAGAAGUGAAUGUAAACCCUGUUUUUCCUAACCGAACUGCCCUCUUGCACUUGCACAAUUUGGCUCUUACUAGAUCAUUUUUCUUCAGCUACAUUCUUCAAGCCAGAUUCAUAAGACCUGCUAUUAACGAUACAUACGACCCAGGAAUGAUGUAUUAUUUUCUCUCAACAGUAGCAGAUGUCUCUGCAAAUCCUUACAUAAAUGCAAGUGCUAUAUAUUUUUCUCCAAAUGCGGCUUAUUCACCAUCAUACAGAGGGUUCUUUAACAAAACAAUGCCAAAAUUUGCACCAAGGACCUUCCGUGCUGAUGAUUUUAACGAUCCCAUACAUCUAGAACGUAUUUCUACUCUUAACACAUUCAUUGUGAAGGACUUGGGAGGAAUACCAAAUAACAGCCUUAGCGAGGACUAUACGUCAGACUACUACAGGAUAAAUGACUGGUAUAAAUCUUGGUUACCUGACAAGGUGGAACGUCGACAUGACACCAAAACUACUUACCAAGUGGAGAUUCGGUAUGCAAACAACACAAAUGAAACGUUCACAUUCCACGGACCCCCAGGGGCUGAUGAGGUGCCAGGGCCUGUCAAGUGGACCCGACCCUACUUUGACUGUGGGAGAGCCAACAAGUGGAUGGUAGCCGCUGUGGUGCCCAUAGCUGACAUUUACCCUAGACACACCAGCUUCAGGCACAUUGAAUACCCUACAUACACUGCAGUUUCUGUACUGGAAAUGGACUUUGACCGAAUAGAUAUCAAUCAGUGCCCUAAAGGGCAAGGAAAUAGCGGACCUAAUCAUUUUGCAGACACGGCUCGAUGCAAGAAAGAGACUACCGAGUGUGAACCCAUUCACGGAUGGGGUUUCCGGCGCGGGGGAUAUCAGUGCAGGUGUCGCCCUGGGUUUAGGUUGCCUACUGUUGUCAGGCGCCCGUUCUUGGGGGAGAUCGUGGAGAGGGCUACAGCGGAGCAGUACUACAACGGGUUUGACUGUCAAAGCAUCGGGUGGAGACACAAAAUGCCGAUUCAGUGGAACAAGGCACCUACUUACAUAAGGGAAAAGUACAUGGACAUGUUUUAUGAGUACCGGAACGCAUCUACAGGCCCAGAGUCUCUACACACUACCAAGAUGAAUGUUGACCAGGCUCUCAAAUUUAUUUUAGGUGUCAAUAAGAGAACGUGCAAGAAUUACAGGAAGGAAGAUUUAAAUCUUCAUGGUGAUGUUAGUUUCGGAGCUGAAGAGUUCUUCGCCAAUGAAGCCAAAAUGGCAUUGAGAUUGGCAAACUUUAUCAGUGCAUUUUUACAAAUAUCUGACCCUAAAGAAGUGUAUUCAGGAAAGCGUUUAGCCGAUAAGCCUUUGUCUGAGGAUCAAAUGAUGGGCGAGACCCUAGCAAUGGUGAUGGGCGACAGUAAAAUCUGGGCUGCUGGAACGUACUGGGAGAGGAACAAGUUCACAAACAGGACAUUCUUUGCUCCUUAUGCCUACAAAACUGAGCUCAACACGAGAAAAUUCAAAAUGGAAGAUUUGGCAAGGCUGAAUAAAUCUGACGAAGUUUACACAACAGAACAGUGGUUUCAAUUUUUGAAGCAAAGGUGGUCAACUAAUUUUGAUUCACUGGAGAAGUUCUAUAUGAAGAUAAAAAUUAGAUUCAACGAAACUGGGGAGUAUCUAAAAAAAUACGAGCACUAUCCAAACUUUUACAGAGCCGCCAAUCUAGAUCACGGCUACUGGACGACCCCCUACUUUGACUGCUACGGGAGAGUGCCCAAGUGGUUUAUCACCUACGCUGCACCGUUUUUUGGAUGGGACAGUUUGAAAGUUAAACUGGAAUUCAAAGGAGUCGUGGCUGUGAAGAUGGAUCUCACUCAACUUGACAUAAAUCAGUGUUCUGAUAAAUAUUACGUUCCGAACGCGUUCAAAGACACGCACAAAUGUGACAAGAAAUCAUCUUACUGUGUCCCAAUCCUGGGAAGGGGCUUCGAGACGGGAGGUUACAAGUGCGAAUGUCUGCAAGGCUAUGAGUAUCCGUUUGAGGAUCUGAUCACUUACUAUGAUGGUCAGUUGGUCGAGGCUGAGUUCACUAAUGUUGUGCAAGACAGAGAGACCAGGUAUGACAUGUUCAAGUGUCGUCUGGCCGGCGCCGCUAGUCUCAGCUCCAGCUUGGGUCUGGUGACAGCCGCCCUGCUCGUCUGGCUGCUCCACCGCUAGUUACGCUCAGCUCCGAGCCUCUAGAAUCCGAGAUUGCUCCGAAUCCGCCAUAUUCUAACAAAUGUAUUUGCUGUAUAGCUUUGAAGUGGAAAUGUUUUAAACUUAGAAGUGAAUUUUUAACGAUAAACGUCCUAAAAAUGGUAUUACUCCAGAAAGAAAUAUUCCCAAAACCAUCUUUGAAACAUGAAAAAAUAAAAUUUAUACUUUUAAGAUUAUUUUAACUUCAGAGAAGUGUGUUACCUUACAAUGGUACAUAGUUAUUACUUAAAAAAUUUUAUGUAUUUUCUCUCUUUACAAAAAAAUAAUACAAUAAUAAUUUUUCACUAAUUUUAGAAGAAUGAAAACAUACAUUCCACAAUAACUAGUUUUUGUCUUUUUCUACGAAACUAGGUGUUUGUUAGGGUAAAUAUAAGUUUUUAUAUGUAUUAACAUUUCCAAAAUGUAAUUAGUUCAAAAAAAUUUUAUUGGGAGCCAAUAAUUUGGAUAUCCACUACAGAAACGAUUAUCACUUCAAGGAUAGAUUCAGGGUCUCUGGGUAGUUUUACCUGUUUGACAACAUUUUUGCUUUCCCAAACCUCCAUAUCUUUGUUCGUCUUUCCAUACUUCUAAUUCAUACUUCAUAAUCUCAUCUGGCUGGGUCACUCUUUCAUUAUUGCGGAUUUAAAAUGUGAAUGAUAGGGUCAAAAGAGAUUGGGGACCCACUUGACUGAUAGUGCCUUACAUUCCUGUCAGUACAUCCCUUACCUGUCUGCAAUAAUACUGUACUACAGUUACAGUUUACUCACUCACUAGUAUCACUGUAAUAUACAUCAAGUAGGAUAUUAUUUAGUGACUAACCGUAUCUCACUAGAAUCUCUGUAUAUUUGAUAUUUUCUGUGUUUUAUAUAUACUGAAAGUAAGAAAUAAAAAAUUAUGUGUUUAGUUAUUAAGUAAUUAACAGUCGAUUACAGAUUUUAAUAACACUGCCAAAACUUACAUAUUGAUUAAUAAAUAAAAUUAAAGGAUCUGCUGUUUUUAAUAAAAGUGUUAAAUAAUCGUAUAUUUUAAAAUUCCAAUUUUAAUAUUUUUAUAACUACUUAGUUUUUUUUGUAACUAUUUUGCUCUGAACACUCCUUUGUGGUUAUAAUUGUAUUAUUUAAAUAUUAAUUUGUUUUUAUAAAUUACCUGGUGGAUAGGUAAUAUAAUAAUUCAUUCCUUCACAAGACAGAAUAACCUGUAAAACCAAGUAGUCUUAUUAUUAAUAAUAGCGGCUUGUUAAAUUGUCACGUUGUAGGUUGUAGUAAACAUGUAUUAUUAAUGUGUAAAAUAAAUGCAACAAGACCAUAUUAUAAUACGAACCCAGUUACAAUGUUAAGGUGAACUCAGGAAUACAUUUUCUGAUUUUGUAUUACAGAUGUGUAAUACAGUACAUUUAUUAAAAUUAGAGCCCUAUUUAUUUGAAGAUAAUAAAUAUAAGGGUUGAAUGUUAACACAUAAAGAAUUUGAUACCGCUAGAAUAUGAUUAUACAUGUUCCAAUAUUAGUUUUACUGAUGGUAUCAAAUUAAAAUCUCUUACCAAUUGCUCCAAGAAUCUGCAUUCAAUUAAAGAAUAUUUACAAUUUUUUCAAUACAUUAUAAAUGUGUAUGUACAAAAUGAGUACAUGGUUUUAAUACUCAUGCAGUUUUAAGUAUUAUAUCUUCCAUAAAUUGAUCAAAUAUAAAUACCUGACUUUGUACUCACAUGUGUUAAAUAAUAAAGCUUAAUAUUGUUGAGUUUUAUUAAAUUAAACUCUCAAUACACUGACUUAUUUGACAUUUCACACAAAUUAAGUAAGUAACAUAUCAAAUAAUUGUACUUUUAUUGUAUUUACGUGCUUUUUUAUACACUUAGUAGUGAUUUUAUUAUUUCUCUUAUUUAAGUUACUUAAUCUAUUGCACUAAUAUUUUUAUUACCUGUUAUUUGUAUAUUUAUUCAAGUCUUUUAUGUAAUUAAUUGAUUGACAUUGGGCAGCCAUUAGCAAUAAUGUCAUUGAUUUUAUUCCGUCCAUUUUGAUUUGUUUUUAUUGUUUGUACUUUUAUUGUAGUGUUAGAGCUUUCCAGAUAAAGUUAAGUUUUGGUAAAGAUUGAUUUUAAAUUGUGCUGUUGUUGUUUAUAUGAUUCCAUUUGAUAAAUAUUAUUUAAAAUUACAUCCAAUGUGAUUUUAUUAGGAAUUUUUUUUUUUUUUUUUUUUGCACUUGUAAAACAUAUUUUUGAUAGUGCUUCCAUUUUAGUAAGUUAAUUUGUAGGACUAAUUUAAAAACUUACUAACUACUUAAUUGUAAAAAACGCACAUUCUGGUGAAAAAUUAUUGUAAAGUUACAUAAACAGGAGCUCAUUCUUUUUAAUUUGAACAAAAAUAGUCGCGUUAAAAGUUAAAUAAGGAUAAUUCUUGUGACUGAUCGAGUGUAAAUCAGCUGAUGUCCUUGAGUGUAAAUCAGCUGAUGUCCUUGAGUCGUGGUGUUAACAUGUUUCAUAUUUAUUUUUGUUUUCAUUUAAGAUUGUAAUAUCAUUGUUGCUUUGAUAUAGUAAACAUUUUUAAUAAAUAUAUCAUGUAACCUUGACAACAUGGCAUUUACUAAUUCAGUGAGUACAAAAUAAUUUGUAAAAUAUUAUAUAAAAAAUUCAACAUGUUCAGAAAACUAAAUACAAAUCUUUUUUAACAAUUAAUUGCUUAUUUGAUUAUGUAUAUCCAUAAUUUAACAAAACUGUUUACAACAAAUGUUUUAAUUGUAAAAAAUAGUUUCAAAAUAGUUGUUUUUGUAUUUUUGGACAGUAAACGAACAUAAACAUUAAAUUAAUUUCAUCGUAACUUGUCACUAUAUUAUUCUGGAUAUUUUAGUUUAUAACACUUACAAUCUUCUAACAUAUUAUACUACCUUAAAUACAACGUGUUAGCAAAAAGGUGUAGGUAUUAAAUUGAUCUGACAGUCAUGCUGUGAUAACAUUAAAUGAAGUUCAAAAGGUUAAUAUUGCUGUUGGUUAACUUACUUUUGAAUAAAGAUAAGGUCAGCUAGGAGAGAGGUAUUGCCAGGUUGAGCAUAAAAGCAAGUUUAAAUAGACAAAUAUUUUAUAGAAUUAAAUUAUUUUUCUAGAUUAAACAUUUGCAAUGAACAAAAUCGUAACUUUGCCUAAAAUUUCUUAAUAUAUGACUUGUGCAAUUUUAUUAUUAUAUUUGACCUUUCAUGUACUUUGUAAGUGUUUUGUAUAUAAUAUUAAAAAAGAACUAGUUGCAUGAACUAGGUAUGAAUUUUUGCAGUAACUGUGAAUGUGUAUUAAUACGUAACUGAAUAUUAGGUUUCAAGUUUUAGUUAUAAAAAGUUUUAUUAUUUUAAGAAAUGUUUAUCUGUUUUGUACAUGAAUUUGUAUUUGUACUAGUUUACAUUAUUGUUAUAGCGUAAGAAUAUAAUUGUGGCACAAAUAAAGUUUUAUACUUUUA